AUGUCUUGCUAUGACCUGUGCUCUCCCUCUCCCUGCGGCGUCUACCGCCCCCAGCCCAUUGCUGACAGCUGAAACGAGCCCUGCGUCCGCCAGUGCCCCCACCGGCCCCUGCCUCGCCAGUGCCCUGACUCCACGGUUGUGAUCCAGCCACCUCCAGCUGUUGUCACCUUACCUGGCCCCAUCCUCAGCUCCUUCCCCCAGGAUUCAGUUGUGGGAUCCUCUGGAGCACCUGUCUUUGGGGGUUCUCUUGGCUAUGGGGGUUAUGGCUCCCUGGGCUACGGCUCCUCCCUGGGCUAUGGGGGCUACGGCUCCUCCCUGGGCUAUGGGGGUCUGUAUGGCUAUGGUGGCUCCCUGGGUUACAGGGGUCUGUAUGGCUGUGGUAGACCCUAUUUUGGUUCUGCCUAUUGCAGCCCUUACUCCUACCGCUACAACAGGUACCGCCGUGGCAGCUGCGGGCCCUGCUAA